UAUAUUCAAAAUGGAGGUCGAAGAAACUGUGACGUUCUUUGAAAAAUGUAUGGACAAAGAUCCCGGGAUGUCGGUGACUGUAGCUGCUAUACACACGUUGAUCGAGUUUAUCAACACCACAUCAGCUGAAACUUUGUAUGAGCUCAGAAACCUUCUUCAAAAAGUCAUACAGACUCUGACAAGAGCUGAUGUAGCUGUGACAUCAGUAUCGUCUGGAUGUGAACUGUUUCUCAGGUUUAUUACUCUAGCUUCUCUUGAUAAUCCAGAUUUUAAAGAAUGUAAAAGACUUCUUGUCGAGAGAGGUCAGCUUUUCCUCAAGAGAGCAGCAGCAGCAAGAGCAAAGAUAGCAAAGCUGGGCGACUCAUUCAUCAAAGAUGGUGCUACAAUUCUAACUCAUUCAAGGUCAAGAGUAGUGCUGGAAAUACUUAGAAUGGCAGCCAUACAAAAGAAACGAUUUAAUGUUUUUAUCACAGAGUCCUGUCCUGAUAAAUCUGGGUGCCUUAUGCAUGACCAGCUUGAAGAAAUUGGAAUACCAUCCAGAAUAAUAUUAGAUUCUGCCGUUGGCUAUAUUAUUGAGAAAGUUGACUUAGUUCUUGUUGGUGCAGAAGGAGUUGUUGAAAGUGGAGGAAUCAUUAAUAAGAUUGGUACGUAUCAAAUGGCAGUAAUGACAAAAACAGCUAACAAGCCAUUCUACGUGGUGGCUGAGAGCUUCAAGUUCGUUCGCCUUUACCCUCUAAACCAAGAAGAUGUCCCCAACCAACAUAAAUAUCCCAAGGACAUUAUCCAGACUGGCCACCCCCUGGUGGACUACACCCCUCCAUCAUACAUCACCCUGUUAUUCACUGACCUAGGUGUCCUGACCCCCUCUGCUGUCAGCGAUGAACUGAUCAAGCUGUAUUUAUGACUCAAGAACAGAGAUGCUUUAAACUCAAGCCAAAUACGAAUAUAUGCUCACGUUCUCAGGGUGGUCGCGCGACGUUUCUCUCCCCAUGAAAGAAUGAUUGCGUGACGUUGUGACGAUCCCCAAGUUCACCUUCGUAGGAGGCUAAAUGAAUAGGAAUCAUUUUAUUCAAAUGGCGUUUUCAGGGUCGUCACGCAACGUUUCUCUCCCCACGGUAGAAAGAUUGCGUGACGACGUGACGACCUAAAAAGAUUAGGAAAAGAAGCGUAAUCUAAGCCGGUAAUUGUUCUCAGACUUUUACAUCCCAGACAAAAUAUUUAAACAGUAACAAAAACUAUUGCAAUUUAAAGUAUAUAUGACUGAGAAUAAAUAUGACAAAAGGCU